AUGUCCAUCACCGCACGGAGGCAGAACGGCAACGACGUACGUCAUUAUCAACUUCAGGCCCGACGUUUGGCUAACCGCGUCACAGUUCUUCCAACACAUGGCCGUGACGAAAUUCAGGGCUUAGAGACUGCCAAGGAGAUUGCCAAAGUUGCUCUUCGAUUGAGGUACCAGAUUGAACAGGUUGUGUCAUGUGAGGUCGAUGAAGGCGCCUUGACAGACUCAAACAGCCGUAUCAUAUCCCACGAUGUGGUUCAAACAGCCAAACGGGCCGGCGGUGAAGACUACAGCGCCUGUGUUGUUUUCUGCUUGAUUGUAUGUCUGCGGUGGUUUAAGAAGCAAGCUGAUAUCGAGCUCUGGGACGCGGAUCUCCACGCUGCGAGAGCAAUUGCAUGUGAAGCCAUUGCGAAGCGCAUUAUCGAAUCUGAGAUUGAUCAGGACCAUCUCCUCAAAAACAUCCUUUUGAAGCGCUAUUCUAUCUUCAUUGAUGGAGAAGAAAGUACACCUGCCAACGUGAUCGAGCGUGCAGUUGACCUUCACGCUCUUCUGAUCAUUGGUUCUGCUGGAUAUCAAAGAUGCAUCCAGUACAUUUGGCGCGGGUGGAUCUGUCAGGAAGAGGGCAAUCCAACGAACUUCGUGGAGUACAAGGACAAAUCAAACACUGACUAUUGGGUUCACUUUCAUCCCGACCGCAUGAGAACGCCUUUGUACCAGAAUAUGUGCCAGAUCAUAUUCUCCUUGGUCUAUCUGUGUCUCUACACAGCAGUCAUCAACACCGUCAAUCCUACUGGUGAUCUUGACUUAGCGGAAUGGAUUCUCUAUCUGAUGACCCUUGGUUACAUCUGCGACGAGGUUUCAAAGUUCUGGAAAGUCGGCAGGAACUACUUCAGCUUCUGGAAUGCCUUCAACUCGACCCUUUACGCCUUGCUAGCAAUCUCCUUCAUCAUGCGAUGCGUGGCCUUGGCACACCAUCCCUCCACACAUCAUGCAGAGCGAGAACGCUUCAACGGGCUCAGCUACAAUUUUCUCGCAUUCUCAGGGCCUAUGUUUUGGAUGCGUAUGAUGCUUUAUCUUGACACCUUCCGAUUCUUCGGGGCCAUGUUUGUGGUCCUGAGAGUCAUGAUGAAGGAGAGUAUCAUCUUCUUUGCUUUGCUCUUUGUGGUGCUUGCGGGCUUCUUCCAGGCAUUCAUCGGCAUGUCCCAAGUUGACAGCGACGUCGAUAUGACUGGUCCUAUCAUUCAGGGAAUGGCCAACAGUGUCAUGCAAAGCCCCGACUUUGAGAUUUUCCAAGACUUUGCGUUCCCAUUCGGCAUCAUUCUCUACUACCUGUUCAACUUUGUAGUCAUGAUCGUCCUUCUGAAUAUUUUGAUUGCACUCUACAACAGUGCCUACGAGGACAUUUCAGGCAAUGCGAAUGAUGAGUUUAUGGCUAUCUUCUCUGCCAAAACCAUGCAAUUUGUGCGUGCGCCUGAUGAAAAUGUGUUCAUUGCACCCUUUAAUUUAAUUGAGAUUGUCUUCCUUGUGCUUCCCUUCGAAUGGUGGCUCUCGACCAAACGCUACGCCAGGGUCAAUGAUAUCAUAAUGGCUAUCUUAUACUCACCCCUACUCAUUUUCACCGCCUGGAUUGAGACUCGCCAGGCCGCCCAAAUCAUUUGGAACAGACGGCACGGGGAGGAGGAUGAUGACUGCAUAGAGGAAUGGGAAGAUGUUGCCAACGAGGUCAACUUUGAUCUGGAUGACAGCUGGAAGGAAGAGGUCAAACAAAGCACACCUAAUAUCAAAGUCGAUGCUUGCACGCUAGAGGUUCGCCAAUUACAGGAGCAAGUCGCAGCACUGACAAACUUGGUGAAGAAACUUUCUGAAAAGACUGGGUCUGCAGAUGGGGGAAACUAG